GGGGAAGAGGAAGAGGAAGGAGUAGGACUGAUGUUAGAGGCGGAGCGGUGUCUGAGUGAUGCUUUAUAAAACUCCCCAGGAGCAGAGAGCGCGGACUGUAGCAGCUGCACCGAGCCGAGACGGAGCCUUACAGCUCGGAUUUGGAAGCAGCUUUCUCUGCCUCCACGCCACCCCCCAACCCCCCCAAACCACACAUCACCCACCGCCCCUCCCCCCCAAGCACCACGAUGGACCUGAAGGUGGAAGCCCAGCGGGUGAUGGCCGUGGCCCUGGGUAAGAUGUACAACUCCCGGCUCCAGAGGGGAGGCGUCCGGCUGCACAGGAGCCUCCUACUGUCGCUGGUGCUGCGCAGCGCCCGGGACAUCUACCUCAACGUGCGGGCCGAGCAGCAGCAGCAGGCCGGGGUCAUGGAGGUGGAACUCCGGCCUGAAGAGGGGCAGAGAGGAGCCCGCCCGGGAGCGAGUCCCGCAGUAGCGGCGCCGGAGGAGAGCGCCCGGGGCCGGCCUCGGGAAUGUAUCCAUUGCGGCGGAGACAGUGUAUCGGGUCCCGGAAGCGGCGGGCUCUCGGUGGGCCCGCCUCCGUGCCCCGGGCAGCGGCCUUUGGGGAUAGUAAGGAGCGCGGGGCAGGAGGCGGACAGGAGCCGAAAGCGGAGGAAAGCCUGGGAGGAGGAGGAGGACAGGGAUUCCGGGUGCCUGCCUGUGAAGAGAGCCCGUCUGGAGAACGGCGAGUGCCGGAGGCCGGCGGAAACCUCCAGCGUCCCCGGCCUGGUGGUCGGCGCGCUCGGCUCCGGCUUCAGCAACAUCCUCGGUAACUGCCCCGGGGAGCAGCCGGUGUCCCCGGGCCAUAUCCGCAGGAACAGAGCGCUGAGUGAGUUAAACAGCUGGCCCCGGGCCAUCGUGGCGUAUUGAAGCGGCGAGGAUCUCCAUAUUGCAGGAGACACGCUUUGGAAACGGACCGAGAAAUGGAUUUUCGGGGGUGGGGUGGGGGGUUUGGAUCGCUCCCUUCCCACCCGUUGGAUCCGGCAUGGAGAGGCUGGUUUGCUGAGAGAGAGAGAGCGGGACCCUGGGCCGAAGCCAGAGAGGCACCCCCAGGCUGCCGAGCUUCCUGAAGCCGGAGCCAAGCCCCGGGCAGUGACGAGGCGAUUAACAUCAUUAGUUUCACAACAGGAUCUCAAGUUUCCUGCUUCAGCUUACAGAUUGGAACUGAAACUCAGCCAGGAACUGAGCGCAAUCCCCCCGGCAGUUUUCACCCACACCGGGAGGAAUUGCACACCAACAGACUGUGUGCACUUUUUAUUUCGGUAAAUCAAAGCUAUUGUCUUGUUUCAGAAAUAAGUUUUAUAUGGAAC